UUUUUGUUGCCUACCUAGACUAAGUGGUGAUUGAUGCGGUGAACGAACGGAGGGAGGGACGGGUGAUGAUUGAGGCGACAAGCGAUUCGGCCUUCAGACACGUUCUUUUCUCAUUCUUCUUUUUGUGUGCGUUCUGUUCCUCUGCUUCGAUGUAAUAAUCGUGAACAUGGCAGGCAUGUAGGUAAUCGAGCGAGGUCAAAAGUGACGACGCUCAGCUGGGUAGCGCAGCUUAAGCUUCAGAGUUGUGGAUGCGAUCGGGAUGCCUAGCACCCCUCACCGUGCCUGGGUCGCCUGCUGAACGGUUCCGGCACACGACAGAGUAAAGAAAUAUAAAUGGAUUCCUUACCUACCCCACCCAGGAUAUGCGUGAGGCGAGUGAGCUGAGAAGUCUGAGGACGGAAGGUAGCUUCCACUUCCGCAUCUGCGUGUCGAAUGGAAAUGGAAGGCAUCAUGGUUUUUGAACAAUGUCGGCGUAGCAGAAAAGUUACCCGGGAUAAAUGUAGCGAUGCCACCUCAAGCAAUGCAGGGCAGCUGCCGCACGCACACGAUGCCGCCCACAUCUUAGUUGCCUCCUGGCUACAUUGUCAGAUUACCUAAGCUACCUGCGGUACCUUCCGUCCGCUCUGACGGAACGGAAGUACCUCACUUGCUCAUCCCACUCACUCACUGCCCAUUUCCAUCCCCAUUCCCGUUCCCAUCGCAGUGUAGCAGACAGACCACAGCACCGGCAGACCGCAGACAGCCCACCACCGGUCGGGGACAGCAGCAGCGCAACAUCCAUUGCCCUUCCUAGCGUCACCUCUUUCCAUCACAUCCAUCACCCACCGCACCGCCUCUCUCCCACUCUCUCACACACCUACUACAACGCACCCCCAACCUCAACCUUGCGCAUUCCUGCACCCUGUAUUUGGUCUGCCCGCUGCCGCGCUGCGAUACCCCCCCAAGAAAUAAAGUACAACUCCCGACCAACAUCCCCAGGUCGCCCAAAAACCUCACCCGUCGCUGCAUCCGACGAAAUUGCUCUGCUAGUCACAAUCCCCAUACGCUUUGUCCAGUACCGCAACACGCACAAGCUUCCUUUCUGUUAAGGAACCCAUCUCCGCGAGCUACCUACUGGCCUCCCUUCUUCCCCUCCCUCCCCCGUCCGUCAACUUCAACCCGCCGGCCCUACCUUAUCCCAAAGGGAAACAGAAAAUCGUUGGCCGUACGUCGCCGCAAUUGCCCCUCGCUCUCUACUCCGUUUCGCCUGCGUGGUUUUACAUCGACUGCAUAUAUCGUCGCAGAAGUUUCUCAACACCGCCGAUACGAUACGCCUCUCGAAGUGCGACUCUCGUUUGGCUCAUCCCAACCCUAUCCGCCUCGCCCCGUGCUGAAAGACAGCUUCCCCUCCACAGCACGACUAGAGCUCGCCCCUCCUCGACGUGCCCCGCCACCUCGCCUCCUCCGUCCAUCUCAACAUCUACAGGUCCAUUUCUUAGACAUCUCAGAGCUGGUCAGCAAUCAUGGUGGACAGUGACACGAACUCCCCCACGUGGAAGUUCACCCAAUGCUUUGGCGACAAGGGCGAUGUGGAGGACAUCACCGAAGCUGAUAUCAUCUCGACGGUCGAGUUCGAUCACACGGGCAAUUACCUAGCGACAGGAGACAAGGGCGGUCGUGUUGUGCUGUUCGAACGGAACGAGACGAAAAAGACAUGCGAGUACAAGUUCCAUACGGAGUUUCAGUCCCACGAGCCCGAGUUCGACUACCUGAAAUCUUUGGAGAUCGAGGAGAAAAUCAACAAGAUCAAGUGGUGCCGCCGACAGAAUGCAUCCCAUUACCUGCUCUCAACAAAUGACAAGACAAUCAAGUUAUGGAAGGUCUUUGAGAAGUCGCUCAAGGUCGUUGCCGAGAACAACUUGUCUGACGACCUGACUCCCGCAAACCUCGCUGGAGGUGGAGGCGCUCCGAAACAGUCGCCUGCGCAUCGCUUCAAAAACGCCGAGGACCUGAUCAUGCCUCGCCUCACUCACCACGACACCGUCGUCGCCGCUGUGCCCCGCCGGACCUAUGCCAAUGCCCACGCCUACCACAUCAACAGUAUAUCAGUCAAUAGCGAUGGCGAGACAUUUAUCAGCAGCGACGACCUCCGCAUCAACUUGUGGAACCUUAACAUUCAGGAUCAGAGCUUCAACAUUGUCGAUAUCAAGCCGGCCAACAUGGAGGAGCUAACCGAGGUGAUAACUGCCGCCGAAUUUCAUCCCCUGAGCUGUAAUUGGUUCAUGUAUGCAAGCUCCAAGGGCACCAUCAAGCUUGCCGACAUGCGUCAGAGCGCCCUGUGCGACAGUCAUGCAAAGCUCUUCGAACAAGAAGAAGACCCAUCUUCAAGGUCAUUCUUCUCCGAAAUUAUCUCGUCAAUCUCGGACGUUCGCUUCUCUUACGACGGCCGUUACAUUCUUUCUCGUGACUACCUGACUGUGAAGAUAUGGGAUAUCAACAUGGAGCGCCAGCCAGUCAAGACGAUUCCCAUUCACGAACACCUGCGUCCCCGGCUCUGCGACACGUAUGAGAAUGACAGCAUAUUUGACAAGUUCGAGGUAGUCUUCUCAGGAGACGCCAAGAAUGUCAUGACUGGCAGCUACAACAACAACUUCAUGAUCUACCCGUCGGACCCAGAGAAAGAAGUCGAGGUGGUGCUGCAGGCUGAUAAGUCGGCAUUCAAGGCCAAGAAGGUUGGCGUGCCGACGCCCAUCAACUCAUCUACCAGCCCAACUGCAACCAACGGUGGCAAGAAGGGAGGUUCUCGUGCUGGUAGCCCUGCUGCUGGAGCUGGCGGCCAGGGACAAAGAAUGCGCAAGGAAACUGAUGCCGACCAGAUCGACUUCAACAAGAAGAUCCUACACAUGAGUUGGCAUCCAUUUGAGGAUAGCAUUGCGAUUGCGGCGACGAACAACUUAUUCGUCUUUUCUGCACUAUAAAGUCGGCAAAGGACUGGGUUCCUUGAGGACCAGGCUGAGUGGGGAGGGCUCAUGAGUGACGGAACAUGGCGUGGCAGGACGGUAUGAAAAUGCGGGUCGAGGGCGUCGGCUUUCACGAUGAAGCAAUUUUUGUCGAUAGGAAGAGCCGUCCGUGAUCUGUGUCGCAGCCGUGGCUGAUUGAUACGACCGCCGUCACUGCCAGCUAAACUCGGGGACUGAGAGGCCAAUACGAGCAGCAGGAAGGAACCUGCUGGGUACAACGGGCCAUCGAAAGGCGCUUGGGGGAAGCAUGGGAUUGAGAAGUGGUGGAUGACAUGAAAGAAGCACUAUGGAUAGAUGGACCCGCCAACCGUAUCACGGUGGCGAUGCUUCGCUGAUUUCUUCGCAGAAUUGAAGGCAACGAAGUUC